CUCUUGCGGAAUGAAUGAAGCAUCUGCUUAUAUCCUUCCCCACUCCAAAAGAAACAUGAUGAUAAAUAUAUAAAGAAAUGCAAAGCACAUGACAAUUGAGCCACCAAUAUAUUUAGUGAUGGUAGAAAUAAGAAAUGAAACAAGUGAAGAAGACAGAAGAAAUAUGGCGGAAUAUUGUGUAACAGGCGGAACAGGAUUCAUUGCUGCUUAUUUGGUGAAGUCGUUGCUGGAGAAAGGUUGUUUUGUGCGUACCACAGUGCGAGACCCAGGGGAUGCAGAAAAGGUUGGUUUUCUUAUGGAAUUGGCAGGAGCAAAGGAGAGGUUGAAGAUUAUGAAAGCUGAUUUAACUGAGGAUGGAAGCUUUGACGAAGCUAUCCAAGGCGUCGUUGGUGUUUUCCACACUGCAUCUCCUGUUCUCGUUCCUUACGAUCAAAAUAUUCAAGCAAAAAUACAUUACCUGUAGGCAACUCUAAUUGAUCCAUGCAUAAAGGGUACGUUGAAUGUGCUGAGAUCAUGCUCAAAAGCCAGCAGUGUGAAAAGGGUGGUGCUCACCUCAUCAUGCUCUUCUAUACGUUACCGUUUCGAUGUCCAGAAGCAGCAAAUUACUUCCCUGGACGAGUCACAUUGGAGUGAUCCAGAGUAUUGCAAGCGUUACAAUCUCUUUUACGCAUAUGCAAAGACUGUAGCGGAAAAAGAAGCGUGGAGAGUGGCAAAAGAAACAGGGAUGGAUCUGGUGGUAGUCAAUCCAUCUUUCGUGGUUGGCCCCUUGCUUGCUCCACACCCAACCAGUACUCUGCUCUUGAUACUCGCUAUAGUUAAAGGUUUGAGAGGAGAAUACCCGAACACCACAGUAGGUUUUGUGCACAUAGAUGAUGUGGUUGCUGCUCACAUUUUAGCUAUGGAGGAAUGCAAAGCCUCAGGCAGGUUGGUAUGCUCUAGCUCAGUAGCUCAUUGGACACAGAUUAUUGAGAUACUGAAGGCCAAGUAUCCUUCCUAUCCUUUUGAAAACAAGUGUAGCAGUCAAGAAGGAGACAACUGUGAGCAUAUCAUGGAAACGAGCAAGAUACAAAAGUUGGGCUUCCCAGCAUUCAAAUCGGUUCCUGAAAUGUUUGAUGACUGUAUCAAGAGUUUCCAAGAAAAAGGAUUUCUAUGAACUUUCUCAUUGUCCUCGCCAUAUCCCACUGUUUGUUUGUUUUUUUCCUUCAUCGAAUAAAAGCUGUCAAAUUAAUGAACUUAUGCCAAAUGCA